CGUGUGGGGGUGCACAUAGCAAUUUCCCUUCACAUUAUUUCUUCUCUCAUUGAAUAUCCAUCGCACGCGUUUUCAUCUCAAUUCUUCGACUCAAUCAAUCUAUAUACCUUGUUUCUCUCUACUAUCACCAGAUUCUCCGUUCUCCUCUAUCCCCAACCCUAAUUAUUCAAUAGGGGAGACCGUUUUUUUCAUCCAUUAAAGAGAAUCGUAAUUCAACAUCGGUUAAUCAAUCAUGUUUUCACGGAUUUUUGGUAAACCUAAACAGGAAGCCAAUACUCUAACAACUUUAGACAAAUUAAAUGAGACACUUGAAAUGCUAGAGAAAAAGGAGAAAGUGCUUCUUAAAAAGGCUGGGGCAGAAGUUGAGAGAGCUAAAGAAUUCACAAGGGCCAAGAAUAAAAGGGCGGCAAUACAAUGUUUGAAAAGGAAGAGGCUAUAUGAACAACAAGUAGAGCAGCUUGGAAACUUUCAGUUGCGUAUUCAUGACCAGAUGAUAAUGUUGGAAGGUGCCAAGGCAACCACGGAAACAGUUGACGCAUUGAGAACUGGAGCGGCUACUAUGAAGGCUAUGCAAAAAGCAACGAAUAUUGACGAUGUUGACAAGACCAUGGAUGAGAUCAAUGAACAGACUGAAAACAUGAAACAGAUUCAGGAAGCGUUGUCAGCUCCAAUUGGUGCAGCUGCUGAUUUUGACGAGGAUGAAUUGGAAGCAGAACUUGAAGAGCUAGAGGGUGCUGAGUUGGAAGAACAGCUUCUUCAGCCUGCAACUACAGCUCCAGCAGCCUCGGUGCAUGUCCCAGCUGGGAGGCAACCUACUCGCCCGGCGCAUGCUAAGCCCACUCCAGAGGAGGAUGAAUUGGCAGCUCUGCAAGCUGAGAUGGCACUUUGAGCAGGUCCCUUUUUUCGGUUAUGACACUAUUGAUUCAUCCUAUCUCUGCAUUAAUAUGUUUUAGUCUGAUUGGUAAGGCAAUUAAUGUCGCAGUUGAAUGGUUUGUGUAUUCAUGUUUGAUAUGAACGUUUGUACAGUUGAAUUCUGUUGUAUGAUUAUAUUUUGAAAUUAAUUGCCAUAAGCCGCAUGGCAGAAAAAAUAA